GGGUCGGGCUGGCAGAGCGAGAGGUGAACAUGGCUGUGUUAGUGGAAACCACGCUGGGCGACCUGGUGAUCGACCUCUACACGGAGGAGCGGCCCCGCGGUAGGAGCGCGGCGGGCCGGGCCAGGGGGAGCCGAGCGUUAGGUGGCGGCGGGGCGGGCCGCGGGGCUGGGACCGUGCGUGGGGCACCGCCGUGCUGGGCGCUCCGCGGCGCCGCCAUUUGGCGCCCGCGACGCUGCCCGGGGUUGUAGCCGCUCCUCGGCUGGCAGCAUCCACUGGGGGGAAGGGGCCGAGGCCUGGUGGCCUCCUCUAGUGCGCUCAGCCCGGGCUUUGGGAACUCUGUGCUGACUCCGGGUCCAUAGGAGGGUCAGAGGUUCUGUGGUAUCCGCGGGUCUCUGAAGUAUUUACAAACACCGACUGCUGCUGGAAAGCUUAUUUGUCUCUGCAACAGUGUGUUUAUACAUGUAACACACGCUGAAAAUAUUGAUCAGUGACAGUGUUUGGCACUGAAAAGCAGCAGUGGCCUUCUGUCCUGGCUGCUCUGAAGGAACUGGGGAGGGGAAAUGCGUUCCUGCGUAUGCAACUCUACUAAGGAGACCUUACAACGUCUCUGACAGUGCUUAUAAGCCCUGUGCUGCCAAGUCUUCACACACCUGUCCCAAAAGCAGCUUUCUUGCCUGAAUUUUCUGAAGCUCUGCAAAAUCAAGUACUACAACUACUGUCUUAUUUAUAAUGUGCAGAGAGACUUUAUCAUACAGACAGGUGACCCGAUGGGAACUGGCCGUGGAGGUGAAUCUAUAUUUUGUAAGCUGUAUGGUGAUCAAGCUAGAUUUUUUGAGGCCGAAAAAGUGCCUAGAAUUAAGCACAAGAAAAAGGGAACGGUGUCAAUGGUGAACAACGGCAGCGAUCUGCAUGGAUCACAGUUUCUUAUUACAACAGGGGAAAACUUGGAUUAUCUGGAUGGUGUGCAUACAGUGUUUGGGGAAGUGACUGAAGGCAUGGAUGUACUGAAGACAAUUAAUGAAACCUUUGUGGAUAAGGAUUUUAUCCCGUAUCAGGAUAUCAGGAUCAAUCAUACAGUAAUUCUGGAUGAUCCAUUUGAUGAUCCACCUGGCUUGCCUAUUCCUGAUCGCUCACCAGAGCCUACUAAGGAACAGCUAGAUAGUGGAAGAAUAGGAGCUGAUGAAGAAAUUGAUGACAUGAAAGGACGGUCUGCAGACGAAAUAGAAGAAGUUCAGGCAGAAAAAGAGGCAAAAACUCGUGCCAUUCUUCUGGAAAUGGUGGGAGACUUACCAGAUGCAGAAGUCAAGCCACCAGAAAAUGUGCUGUUUGUUUGUAAACUGAAUCCCGUGACCACAGAUGAAGACCUAGAGAUAAUAUUUUCACGGUUUGGUCCAAUUAAAAGCUGUGAAGUCAUUCGAGACUGGAAGACUGGUGAAUCUCUGUGUUAUGCUUUCAUCGAGUUUGAAAAGGAGGAAGACUGUGAGAAAGCCUAUUUCAAAAUGGACAACGUGCUGAUAGAUGACAGGCGGAUACAUGUGGAUUUUAGCCAGUCUGUUGCAAAGAUUAAGUGGAAAGGAAAAGGUGGGCAGUACACCAAGGAUGAUUUCAAAGACUAUGAAAAGGAACGUGAUAAACCUUCAAAAUUUGCUCUCAAAGAGAAGGUGAAACCAAAGCAGGAUGCCAAGUAUGACCUUGUGCUAGAUGAGGAAGAAGAAGAAUCUCAAACAAGUCAGUCACAUGUGGCUAAAAAACAGAAGAAGAAGAAGCACUACCACUCUGAAGACGAAGAGGAUGACAAGAGGACCAAAAAAUACAAGGAUUCCGAUCGAAAACAUGAAGGAGAACGCUGUAGAGAGAAGAUGAAGAGUGAGAAGAAAGACAGGCAUCGGAGUCGCAGCCGAUCUCAAGAGAGAAGUUACAGCAAACAUAAAGACAAAUACAGAGAAGAUGUCCGAAUAAGAGACUGGGAUAAAAAGAGAGACAGAAGUAGAAGUCCUAAGAAAUCAAAAGACAAAGAGAGGUCCAAGUACAGAUGAUGGAGGAGCAGGAGAUACGAGGGAACUAAAAUAGUGUUUUCUUCCUGCAAUUACAACAUGCUGUCAUAUGACCAUGCAAAUUCAAAGCAGCUACGUUCUGUCAGCUGUUUGGCCUUACAACUCUUUGAAUUCCCAUUGUAUGACUUGGAGUAAGGCUUGAUUCCCAAAAGGUUUUUUUAAUAAAAUGUUUAACAUUUGUGGAAUGA